AUGGCGCUACUCGUGACCCUCUCAGUCGUGACUGCUAUCAUACUGCUGUUCUUCGCGAUUGAUCACGCGCCGCCACCACCAGCCCUUUCAGAUCCUGUACCAAUAUCGCAACUAGGAAUUAGUCUACACAAUCAGGGAACCCAACAUCAACUGCUCAAGCCGAAAGACGUCAAGGUCAUUGGUUUGAUCUUUUUUGGUAGAAAGGAUCGUGUCCAAAUUUUGAAGUGUUAUCUUGAGCGAAAUCUGGCGGUAAAUGGUGGUUGGCUCGAUGAGGUGCACUGGGUGCGAAACACUGAUCGCAAGGAGGAUGUUGAUUAUCUGCACCAGAUAAUUGCUGCUAAUCCAGCGUACAAGCAGAUCGAGAUCAAAGAGACUGGUUUUAUCGGCUAUGGCCUAGCAUGGUCAACCCUCCAAGAAGACGCAAUUUAUGUCAAGAUCGACGACGAUGUGGUCUUUCUGGCGGAUGACACGAUACCGCGAAUGGUGUCAACGAAGCUCGGUCACCCAGAAUACCUUGUUGUAUCAGCCAACAUGAUCAAUUCUCCUUUGAUGGGUUGGGUACACUACCACAUGGGCGCGAUUCACCCUUACCUGCCAGAAGUGAUUGAGCCUGAGGAGGUUUCUCCAGAAUUAGCGCCCGAGCGUGGCAAGCGACCUCCGCCAGUACAAAGAGUUCCUUGGCGACAUACACAGCAUCCCUUUUGGGAAGGUCCGGACGAUUACUUGUUCGAUUUUAUGCAGGAACCACCAUCGAUGAGACACCGCUGGCUGCGGCUGGCAACGCCCGAUGGCAACGCUGCGAGGCAAAUCAUGCGUACACCUAUUUCGGAUGCGCAGUACGACACAUGGGGAAAUAGUGUGCAGUCGUGGGCGAUUGCAGCUCAACAGCACUACUCUUUUCUUGAGAAUCUGUACGAGGAUCAAUUAGAUCUCUACCAGUUUUCGUCGAGAGCGCACGCAUGGAUCACGGACUAUCGCCGACUCAGCAUUAAUUGUAUCGCGAUCAACUCAACCGAGAUCCUGUCCUACCUGCCGAUGGAUACAGUCGAUGAAGAAUGGUUGACUGUAGUACUGCCCAAGAAAAUUGGAAAGAGUGUAGCUGUCGACAGUCACGCCUUGGCAGUACACUUCAGCUUCGGAGGGCAGGGUAAUGUACAGGCAACGGAUCUGUUAGGUCGAUACCUAGACUACGCACAGGAGAAUGCCUGUAUGGCACCCUCUUCCAUACCUAAAGGUGCAAAGGGAUCAUACUAUACCUAA